AGAGAGAGAGAGAGAGAGAGAGAGAGCGAGAGAGAGAGACAGAGAGAGAGAGAGACAGAGAGCGAGAGAGAGUGAGAGAGGAGAGGAGGAGGAGGAGGAGGAGGGAGAAGGGAACAACCUACCAUCUUAACACACUAAUAUCUAAAAAGUGCGAGAGGCCCAGAGCAGCAAGCAGCAGCAGCAGCAGCCACAGCAGCAGCAGCAGCCAAGCCAGCUUCUUCCCUCCCUCCCCAUGAAGAAGAGUUCCCUCCUCCUCCUCCUCCUGCUUCUCCUGCUCAGAGUUCCUGCCUCCAGCUGCCAGGGGGGACAGCCAGCCAGCAGCAGGAGGGGGACUAGAGAGCUGAAGGAGAGCCAGUUUCCCCAAAACUGCUGCAGCAACAAGAGGAGCUUGUCAUUCUGAACGGAGGCUGAAGAGACUAGAGGCUUAGCAGACACAAGAGAAGGUGGAGGCAGAGGAUGGAGCUGCAGACUCUACAGGAGGCUCUUAAAGUGGAAAUUCAGGUUCACCAGAAACUGGUUGCUCAAAUGAAGCAGGAUCCACAGAAUGCUGACUUAAAGAAACAGCUUCAUGAACUCCAAGCCAAAAUCACAGCUUUGAGUGAGAAACAGAAAAGAGUAGUUGAACAGCUGCGAAAGAACCUGAUAGUAAAGCAAGAACAACCAGACAAGUUCCAAAUACAGCCAUUGCCACAAUCUGAAAACAAACUACAAACAGCACAGCAGCAGCCACUACAGCAGCUACAGCAGCAGCAGCAGUACCACCACCACCACGCCCAGCAGUCAGCUACACCCUCUCCCAGCCUGACUGCUUCACAGAAGACUGUAACUACAGCUUCUAUGAUUACCACAAAGACACUACCUCUCGUCUUGAAAGCAGCAACUGCGACCAUGCCGGCCUCUGUUGUGGGCCAGAGACCUACCAUUGCUAUGGUGACCGCAAUCAACAGUCAGAAGGCUGUGCUCAGCACCGAUGUGCAGAACACACCAGUCAACCUCCAGACGUCUAGUAAGGUCACUGGGCCUGGGGCAGAGGCUGUCCAAAUUGUGGCAAAAAACACAGUCACUCUGCAGGUUCAGGCAACACCUCCUCAGCCCAUCAAAGUACCACAGUUUAUCCCCCCUCCUAGACUCACUCCUCGUCCAAACUUUCUUCCACAGGUUCGACCCAAGCCUGUGGCCCAGAAUAACAUUCCUAUUGCCCCAGCACCUCCUCCCAUGCUUGCAGCUCCUCAGCUUAUCCAGAGACCCGUCAUGCUGACCAAGUUUACACCCACAACCCUCCCUACAUCCCAGAAUUCCAUCCACCCCGUCCGUGUCGUCAAUGGGCAGACCGCAACCAUAGCCAAAACGUUCCCCAUGGCCCAGCUCACCAGCAUUGUGAUAGCCACUCCAGGGACCAGACUCACUGGACCUCAGACUGUACAACUUAGCAAACCAAGCCUUGAGAAACAGACAGUUAAAUCCCACACAGAAACAGAUGAAAAACAAACAGAGAGCCGCACUGUCACCCCACCUGCUGCACCCAAACCAAAACGGGAAGAGAACCCUCAGAAACUUGCCUUCAUGGUGUCUCUAGGGUUGGUAACACAUGACCAUCUAGAAGAAAUCCAAAGCAAGAGGCAAGAACGGAAAAGGAGAACAACAGCAAAUCCAGUGUAUAGUGGGGCAGUCUUCGAGCCAGAGCGAAAGAAGAGUGCAGUCACAUACCUAAACAGCACAAUGCAUCCUGGAACCCGGAAGAGAGCCAAUGAGGAACACUGGCCAAAGGGUGAUAUCCAUGAGGAUUUUUGCAGUGUUUGCAGAAAAAGUGGCCAGUUGCUGAUGUGCGACACAUGUUCCCGUGUGUACCAUCUGGACUGUUUAGACCCACCUCUAAAAGCAAUUCCCAAGGGCAUGUGGAUCUGCCCCAGAUGUCAGGACCAGAUGCUGAAGAAGGAAGAAGCAAUUCCAUGGCCUGGAACUUUAGCAAUUGUUCAUUCCUAUAUUGCCUACAAAGCAGCAAAAGAAGAAGAGAAACAGAAGCUUCUUAAAUGGAGUUCAGAUUUAAAGCAAGAACGGGAACAAUUAGAGCAGAAGGUGAAACAGCUCAGCAGUUCCAUAAGCAAAUGCAUAGAAAUGAAGAACACCAUCCUGGCACGGCAGAAGGAGAUGCACAGCUCCCUAGAAAAGGUAAAACAGCUCAUUCGCCUCAUCCAUGGCAUCGACCUCUCCAAACCUGUGGACUCUGAGGCCAGUGUGGGGGCCAUCUCCAAUGGUCCAGACUGCACCCCCCCUGCCAACACCACCUCCUCCACGCCGGCCCCGUCCCCCUCCUCGCAGAGCUGCACAGCAAACUGUAACCAGGGGGAAGAGACUAAAUAACAGUCCUUGAGGAGAAGCCUCGGGAUUCCAGCGCGAGGAGAGCAAAACACUGAAGACUCUAGAGAAGUAAAGCCGGAUUUCUUCUGGAAAGUACAGAAUUCUUUUGGUUCUUUGGUUCCAGAGAGAGAGAAGAUGCUUGUGCCAGGUGGCACCCGAGUUUGCCAAUUGAUCCUUCUUAUUCUGUGUACAUGCAAAGAUUGGACCAUGUUACAUGAAAUAGUGCCAGCUGGAGGUUCUUUGCCAGCACCAUGCCAAGUGAAAUAAUAUAUUUACUCUCUCUAUUCUACACCAGUGUGUGCCUGCAGCAGCCUCCACAGCCACGGUGGGUUUGUUUUUGUUGUGUUGGGGGGGGAGCAGGGACGGGCGGAGGGAGGAGGGCAGGUUCCAGAUCCUUACUUGCCGAGACGUUUGUUUAGGUAGAGAAGACAAGUCCAAAGAGUGUGUGGGCUUUCCUUAAAAAAAAAAAAAAAAAAAAAAAAAAAAAAAAAAAAAAAGGAAAUUGAGAUUUAACUAACCCCAGUGCCCAGAAGAGGGAAGGGGAGGGGGUGGGAGGGAGCAGGGGGUGGGAAAGUCUAUCACAUAAGCAGUAUUUAAUAUUGUCUGGAGGGCGGCCUAGUAUAAGGAGAGACAGACAAUGCAGCCACUAGGUCCUCCUCCCAGCUCUGCUCCUGCCUCGGGGGCGCCUUCCCUCCGAAGCCUCCAGCAGCCCCUUUCCCCUGCUUGGUAUAGUACGCAGCCCCAGGUGAUCCCCUGUCCCUCUCAGAGAACCAGGCCCUGCUGGCCUUGGCAAGGCCGGAAAGGAAGGGAGUGUGUGUGGUCCAGGACAGAGAAAGGCGGAUCAGUGAUCUUACUUGAAAACAAGCUCCAUCUCUUUUCUAUAUUUAUAAGAAGAUUCUGAGCGAAGCAACACGCGACCCAGGUGUGUGUGAAUCGAAUGGACGUUCCUUUCUUCUCUUUUUAAAAAUAUUUUAUUUUUGUUUCUGUUCUUGUUUUCUUUAAACAAAGUUUCAUUUUGUUGUUUAUUUUGCUUUUUUUUUUUUGGUAACAAGAACUAAAAUAAGGAAUAGAAAGUUGUUUUUCAGGCUGACGGUCCUGUUGAGGUAGCGAGACCUUGCAUGGUAGAGUAGCAGUCGGUGUCGGUGAGGUCAGUGAGUCUGUGCAUCCUGUGUCACCAUUCGGGCACUGUGUGUUUUUUUAUGCAAGGGCAAAAAUCUUUGUAUCUGGGGAAAACAACAGCAACUUUUUUUUUUAAUUAAAAAGGAAAAUAAAAGAUAUUGAGGUCUUCCUAGUGUUACUUAAAUUAAGAUCAAGGUAAGAAACAUUGUAAAAACAAUUACAAAAGUGCUAUUUGUUUCCUAAAAACAGUGAUUUCUAUUAAAAAGGUGUCAGAACUGGAGAAAAUGCUGUGUAGUUAUAAUUUUUUAGCACAGAACCUGCUGAUCAUGACAUUUUGCUGUGUUUGUGUCUCUAGACUGGUGGGCCAGUCUCCAGGAAGGACCGGGUCCUCCCGCCUUCUCCCUUCUCAGAACAGACUGUGCUGCCUGUACAGGGAUCUUGUCUCCUGUGUUUGAAGCCCAGGUGGAAUGUGCAUGGUGUCAGGGCCUCCCCAGGGUCUCAGAUCUUGCUAGAGGGAAGGCUGGUGCCUAAACAAGACCCUUCCUUUGGUGCUGCUCUCCGUUGUCUUUCAGCCACCAGCAUUAUGCGUUGAGGGGGGGGGCUGCUUCCAGGGACCAAGCUGUGAGGCUUCGCUGCCCGUGCACUGGCCUCCAGGAGGAGGAGGGCUGUGGGCUAGCUGCAUCAGAACGAGGAAGGAGGGAGAUAUCUUGAGGGUCCAUGUGUCUCUGAGAGCCCAGGUGGUCUUCAAGUCUGUCUUGCAUUGAACGGAGAGGUCUGAAGCUCCACUGUCCUCUGCCUACUGGCACUAAUGUCAGAAUUCACCCCCAUCCCACCCAUCUACACACUUCCAGGGUGACCCUGGGCUAGAAUCACUAAGCUUGCCUUGUUUGGCCUGUUGUGGCCUUUCUUGGAAAACUUGGUUCUGAAAGGCUCAGAUCAUCUCCCAUAAUGCCAUGGGGAAAGUGAGCCCUUGAGAUGGUAUGCUCUCACUUGGAGACCUUUGUCCACUGCAUUCUCUUGGCUAAAGGGAUGGAAGCCUAGGCUCUGUCCCCUUGUUCCAAAGGCAGCAUCUCUUUGUAGCCGCCCUAAUAGAGAAUUCUAGGAACAGCAAGAAAGGCCCCUUUGCACUUCUCCCUUGCUCAAUUAGGCCCAAGGAGAAAAAGCUAGAUCCUGACAGUGAGUACAAGAGAGAAGGAGGGCUUCUGAGAGUUAAUGAAGCCCACCCAACCAGCCACUUCGUUCAUCUUUCCAGGGUGCAAGGGAGUCAUGUUGACUGAGGGAAGCAGAGAAGAGCUCUCUUUUCUCAUCCAGAAACUAAGGUGCUAAGUCUAGUUAGGGAGCUGUGGAGAUGUCCGGACUAGUUGGAGGAAUCGUUGGCAAAGGAUCAGAGAUCAGCAGCAGACUGAUGUCGUCUCCACCCUCGUCUUGGCCCAUAGGCUGGUUGGGGCUUGCCACACAAUGCCUACCCUUGCAGGAAAGGUUGGGAAGUCAACAUCACUACAGGCCAGAGCUGAACAGUGUGGGGUACAACACACAAGACUGGGCUGCUGAGUCAUCUGGUGUGGCGUACAAAAUGUAGCCCUGCCCAAGCCUUCAUGGCGUGCUCAGCUUUGAAGCUCUGCUCUACCCUGCUCAUUCCAUCUGCUUGUUCUUCCCUGUUCUGUGGAGCACAGAGCUCCUUUCUGUCCCCCCAGACCUGUGAGUUUCUGUGAAUCCCUUGGGACAAACACCACACUGGCCCUCUGGAGCUGCCUCUACUUCCUUCUUCCUCUUUCCUUCCCCAGCCUGCAGGUUAUUGCUCUUGGGCCUCCUAUGCUAGCUUUGCUGGGAGUCCCUUAAUCCUGUCUGAUCAGGAGCAGACCCUGAAGGCAGUGAAGUCAGCAUGUCUGCUAUGAGGUCAUCCUACCCUUUCCAUUCUGCAGGUCCUUACUCUUUCCUGAAGCCUACUGGGUCUUGCCUCUCCUCUGAACUCAUCCAGUUCUCAUUUCUUCCUUAUCAGGCCCCUAGGGAUAAGCCUGCUAGUGGCACCUGACAGGGAAGACUCGGCUAGGGACAGCCCCUGGUUUCAUCUGUGUAGGGCCUGCCUCCAGAGCCUGUGACACCCACCUGGGCAGCCUCCGGCAGGGCCCAUCUUAGUACUGGUUUCCUUGCAGGCUCUGUCUCUGCUGCCUCUUGCCUCAGGCCCAGCAGGAGUGUGGAGGGGGCAUGUGCACUCCACUGCCCCUGGGUGACUAUUUCUGGCUCCUGUCUCUCUGCAUGUUCCGCUGCCUCUCUACCAGCUCUUUGAUGCUUCCUCUCGCCAUCACUCACUACUGGGCUCUCACUACCAGGCCUCAGCUCGCACUCCCAAGUGGUCUCUUCCCUUCUUGGGUAUGGUCCUUCUUAACUAAAGGGCUGAACUCCAAGGACUCUCCCACCAGGGGUGGAAGUAGGAUGGGCCAGUGGCCCAGGACCUUUUCUAGACACUGGGUUCUUCAGACCCUGUGGCUUCUGUUGGAUAUAAGCCACUUUGCUGUAUGUAAAUGGCUGUGGACCUUGCCCUACCCCUCAUCUGGGUACUGUUGGUAAGAAACCAGGAGUCUCAUUUCUCACCCAACUUCAGCCCGUGCUCCUGUCAAUUCCUCUCCAAGGUGGUGGGUGGCCACUGGGAAGACUCCUCUGCACCCCGCCUCCCCAAGAAUGAAUGGUCCCGAGAACCAGGGUGGCUCUCUUAACAGUAGUUAUUGAGACAGAGGAGCAGCUUGAGUCCCUCCCUCACAGCAGCCUUGGCCCCUGCACUCUUCUCCAGUGUCCUUGCUCAGCCCAGGGUGAGCUGUAAUCAGGCAGGUGGGCCGGCAGGCCAGAGGUCAGCAAGCUCUAAGCAUAGGAGAGCCAGCCAGACCCUAGUCCUGUCUCUUGUCCAUGCCCUUUGUGAUUUCAGUCUUGGUAGAACUUGUAUUUGGAGUUUUGUGCUUCAAAGUUUUUGUUUCUAUUUGUUUGGUUUUUGUUUUGAGGGGGUGGGGGGGUAUACAGAGCAGCUGAUCAAUUUGUAUUUAUUUAUUUUAACAUUUUACUAAAUAAAGCCAAAUAAAGUCUCUCA